AUGACCAAGUCGUACCCGCAGCGCAUGGACAUGAUUAGGCUUUAUUAUGAGACGGCGGAGAAAAUCCAGCGGUUUCUGCCCGACCAAAGCGCCGACGACGGCGCGUGCAAGUUCAACGCGCUUUGCUCGGUCGAUAGGCAGGAGCCUGCCUUGUUGAGGUUGGUCCAUGCGGAAAAGGCCGGCCUGUUUGCCGUCUUCGGUGGUCAGGGACCGGCAUGGCUGGACGAGCUUACCGACCUUUACUACACUUAUCCUUUCGUCCGGUCUUUUUUGCAUUACGCUGAUAAGCAGCUGAAUCAGUUGGCGGACGGCCACCCCGACUUCUCCGUGCUGUUUAUGCCGUACGGGCUUCAUUUUUUGAACUGGAUUCACCUGAACCUGCAGAAGAGCGGGAGGUUGGCCUAUCAGGCGAACGCGGAAGCCGACGUCUCCAACGCCUCCCGACAAGAGGUCCACUUUUCCGCGGAUGGCCAGGCCUUGUCCGCUCUGAGCGACGGCAACGAUGCAGCCAAGAACAGGUCUUAUCGUGACCAGUUGCCGGACUCCGUCUUUUUGAGGAAUGCCCCCGUCUCUUAUCCCCUCAUCUUCUUGACCCAGAUGCUGAACUACUGGGUCACGUGCCGCGUUUGGCAGAAGUCCCCCGGAGAGGCGGCCCAGCUUUUCCGCGGCGCCACUGGACAUUCUCAAGGCCUGCUGGGCGCCCUGGUCAUGUCCAUGGCCACCACCGAGAAGCAGCUGCUCUCCAUGGUCCUGGACGGUCUCAAGCUCAUGUUUUAUAUUGGCGUUCGCUGUCAACAGGCCUCGUCGUCGCUGACCGCGCGGACGGAGAUUCAGCAAGAGAGUCAGGAGCUGGGUUACUCGUCGGAUCUGACGCCGAUGUUGUCGGUGCUCUAUUUGGACCGCAGGCGACUGCAAAAGCACAUCGACAGGGUGAACUCGACUCUGCCCACUCAGCCCGAGCGCCACAUCGAGCUGGGGCUCAUAAAUUCGCCGCAGAACUACGUGGUCGUGGGACACCCCGAGUCUCUCCACCAGCUGGUGACCGUUUUGAAUCGAGUCGAAAUGAAGGUGUCGAAGGACGAGAGGCAAGACCAGAGCCGCGUUCCUUACUCUAAGAGAAAAAAAGCGUUCACGUGUCGAUAUUUGAACGUUUCGGUUCCUUUUCACUGGAGCCAGUUGUCUUCGGUCGUUCCCGUUUUGAAGAAGGACGCGGAGAGUCUGAACUUGAAGUACGACGUCUCCGACAUCAGGAUUCCCGUGUACAGUACCAGAAUAGCCGACGGCGACGAGUCGAGCCGGGGCCAGCCCUCGUUGUCCUCGGCCGCGCACAGGUCCCGUUCUCACGAGGUGCAAGAGAAGUCCUGUCCUUUCAACCUGCAGGACGUCGACUCCGACGCGUUGUUGGAGCACCUUUUCUACCUGCAGUGCGUUUGCAUGGUCGACUGGGCCCAAAACCUGAAGCACGUGUCUUCGCGGCGCCACGUCACCCACAUUGUCGACUUCGGGCCCGGGCAGGGCCAGGGGAUUGGCUCGCUGUGCGCUCGAAGCCUCCGCGGGUCCGGAGUGCACGUGAUAGUUGGAAGCGGGUUUGAAUCGGCGUUUGAGCCCGAGCUCAAGUUUGCCGAGUGGAAUCAGAACUGGUCGUGGCUCGACCGAACCGUCUUGUUCGACGCCGAUGCGAAGAGCGUCAAGUUCAACGUCGACUGGUCCGAGGAGUUUGGUCCCAAGCUCGUGAAGUGGUCCUCGGGUCUUCGGUCGAACGCCGAGCUGUCUUGGGUCGUGGAUACCAAAUACACGCGGUUUAUGGGCAAGCCCCCCGUUAUGGUCGGGGGGAUGACGCCGACGACCAAGCACCCGGACCUGGUUUCCGCGAUUUUGAACGCCGGUUUUCACGGAGAGCUGGCGGCCGGCGGCUUGCCGACGGAGCAGAUGCUUCGCUUGGCGCUGGACCAGCUGAUUCAUUCGAUCCACUGGGGCCACGGCGUCUGCAUUAACCUGCUCUAUUUGAAUCCGACGCUUUGGUCCAGGCAGUACCCGCUGAUCCUGAGGCUCUGCAGAGAGGAGGGAUACCCCAUUGACGGCAUAACGAUCGCGGCCGGCAUUCCGUCCCUCGACAAGGCGAUUGACAUCAUCAACGAAAUGCGGGAAGUGGGGAUCUCCUACGUCGCGUUCAAGCCCUCGUCGGUCUCCUCGAUCUACCAGGCGCUGUCGAUUGCUCAGAGGGUCCCGGACAUGACGGUUUUGCUUCAGUGGACGGGCGGACGCGGCGGCGGCCACCACAGCUUCGAGGACUUCCACGAGGCGGUUUUGCAGACCUACUCGGACAUUCGACAGCUGCCCAACGUCAUUCUGAUAGGCGGGAGCGGGUUCGGGGACGCGGAGCACAGCUGGCCCUACUUGACCGGGGAAUGGAGCGAGGAAAUGGGCCACGUGCGAAUGCCGUUCGACGCGAUUCUGAUCGCGUCGCGCAUCAUGGUCGCCAAGGAGGCUCACACGGUGUUGCCCGCGAAGCAGCUGUUGGUCGCCACCAGCGGCGUGUCUCGCGAGCAGGACUGGGAGCAGAGCUACGAGGACGUUGCCGGGGGCGUGUUGACGGUUUCGUCCGAACUGGGCGAGCCGAUCCACAAGCUGGCGACUCGCGGCGUGCUGCUGUGGAGGCAGUUCGACAAGGAGUACUUCUCGCUUCCGCCGGACAAGAGGGCGGCCAAGGUCGAGGAGAAGAAGAGCGAGAUCGUUCAGAAGAUCAACGCGAAUUUUCAAAAGUUGUAUUUCGGGCGCAAGUUCAACGGGCAGGUGUGUGACCUGGCGGACAUGACCUACUCCGAGGUCGCGUACCGCGUGGUCGAGCUGUCCUUCAUCCAGCGCGCGCCGGAGGGCGGGGAGAAGCCGUCGGCGGAGGGGAGGUGGAUCCACUUGGAUUACAUGCAGUUGCUGAUUGACUUCUUGGUGCGAGUCGAGGAGAGGUUCGCUUUGGAGGAAAGGAAGCACGUCUUUUCCGCGAGUGCGAGCGGGUUGGCGCAGGAGGAGUCCGAGUCGAGUCACGCGAGCGACUUGGACGACGACGGCGCUCAGUCGAGUUCCGAAGACGGCGCCUUUGCCUCUCAACUUCCAGAUUACUCGCUCUUGCAGUUUCACCCCGUGCAGUACCUGUCGUUCGUGUUCGAGCAACUCUACCCGCGGUCCUCGAGGCAGCUGCUUUCGAACGAGGACGUCGACUACUUCCUCCAGCUCUGCAGAAAGGGUGGCAGGAAGCCCGUCAACUUCAUUCCCGUGAUCGACAAGGACCUGAGCUAUUGGUUCAAGAAGGACUCGCUGUGGCAGAGCGAGGACAUGGACGCCAUACCUGGGGGAGACGUGCAGCGCGUCGUGAUUCUCCAGGGUCCAGUCUCGGUGAAGUACAGCACCCAGGUCGACCAGCCGGUGAAGGAGAUUCUCAACGAAAUUCACAACGGGUGGGUCGCGAAGCUGCGGGCGACGUACGCCGAGAGGGGACGACAGGCGGAAGUUAGGAGCAAUCUGAGCGUGUGGUACUCGGUUGGGGACGGCGACAAAAGGGCGUCUCGGGUGGCUGCCGACGGCGCACGUUCGGCGCGCGUUCCGCACCAAGACGCGUUGAACGGCGUCGUGCAGGCCGAGAUCCGUAUUGAGAGGGCGCGCGCGCGGGAGUCGGAGCAGGAGGCGCCUUCUGUGUUGGUGCUGACGCUGACGCUGACGAGCGAUCCGGACCGCUUGCCCAGCGCGGAGUCGUGGAUUUCGUGGCUCUCUUCCCACGGCUCGUCUACUUGGUGGCCCUCCUUGAUGAACGCGCCAUUCAUCGCUCGCGAGCACGCGCGCGACAGGAACAUUUUCAAGUCGUUGCUGGAGCCGAAGUGCGUGCAGCAGCUGCAGAUGAGGUUUGCGGUGGACGUGGCGUCUCGGGCGGAAUUCGCCUCGUUGGUCUCGGCGCCGGAGUGCAUUCCUCUGCACUCGACGGUUGAGGCGACGAGGGGCCUGCCGCUGCGGUCAGUGAGGCUGGUCGACCAGUCCGUGCUGCCGGCGUCGCUGCGAAGUCGCUAUUCGUGCGCGAAGUCCUCGUGUUCCGCGCAGAGCCGGCCGUUCGUUGCGUUCGAGAUGCAGUACGAGGAGGAGCAGGCGCCUGGACGGCUGGCGCUCACGCUGUACCACUGGAGGGUGCCGACGGGGUCUUCUUCGAGCCACGAGCAGGGGGUGGAGCCGCAGGUGGUGCCCGUGCAGUUGCUGUACAAUUUUUACCCGGAGUUUGGAAAGGCGUGUUGGUCGGAGGUGAUGGAGUGCAGGAACCAGAGAAUCAAGCAGUUUUACGCGUCUCUCUGGCUGGACAGCGAGGGCGACCGACUCGCGACGUCGGCGGCGACCGAGCCUUGGGACGAGAAGUUUUGCCACUCUUUCACGAUCAGCCGCACGCACAUUGAGCAGUUCUGCCACGCGCUGAACCACCCGAUCCAGCAGCGCCAGCAGGCGGGCGCGUCCCGGCUCGUGGCGCCCCUGGACUUUUCGAUCGUGAUCGCUUGGAAGUCUCUGGUGAGGGUGCUCUGUUUGGACCUGGUGGACUCGGACCUGCUCCGGCUGGUGCACUCGAGCAACCGGUUCCAGCUGUUGGACACGCGGACGGUGGUGGAGGAGUCGUCGGAGUUCCCCGAGAAGCCGGGCGAGGCGGUCAAGGCGAUUCGAAAGGUCAGGAACGAAGCUCGCUGCUUCGUGGAAGAGGACCGAGUCGACACGGAGGCGCGGCUGGUGGAGCUGGCUGAGACGCCCAGCGGCCAGCGCGUGACGGUUCACGCGACUUUGUCCGUUCGAUCGGGGGCCGCAGGCGGUGCGCCGCUGGUUCGAAUUGAGAGCCAGUUUUUGUUCAGGAGCCAUCUUUCGCGCUCGGGCACGUCGUUCAGCAGAAGGAGCGACGAGAAGUUGGUGAGGCUGGACACGGUGGAGUCUCUGGCGAUUUUGCGCGGAAAGCCCUGGAUGCGCUGGCGACACCCGUUUGCGGCGAAGGACUUGAAGUUGCGCGACCAGGUCGUGUUCCAAAUUACGACGCUGGAGGUCGUCAGGAGCGAGCCGCCGGAGGUGCGUCAGGGGGACUGGCGCGGCGCGUCUGGUCCGGCUUCGCGCGUCAAGACGAUUCGGACCACGGGUUUCGUCAUUAGGCAGCGUCCGUACUACUGUCUGGACGUGGACGGAGUGCUGAUCGCGGAGAUCGACAUGACGCUGGAGAACCAAUCUCCGGACCGCGCCUGCGUCGUCCAGGGGUACCUGAGCCGGUUCGGGCGGCCGCUGGAGCCUAGCAAGGCGUUGGAGCGCGACGGGUACGUGAUGGCCGCGCCGAUCAACCAGUCGGUGCCGCUGGACAGCCUUCCGUACGCGCUGGCGAGCGGUGACUUGAACCCGAUACACACGAACCCGUACUUCGCCACGGUCGCGCAGUUGCCCGGCACGAUUGUUCACGGGAUGUGGACGAGCGCGAAGGCUCUGCGAGCGCUGGAGAGCGUGGUGAACGGCCAGGAGCAGAGCCCGAUUCUGAGCUACCAGACCGAGUUCUUGGACAUGGUGAUGCCGGGAGAGGUGCUGUCGACGAGCCUGCGCCACGUGGGGAUGAAGAUGGGCAAGAAGCUGGUGGAGGUGAGGACGGAGGCGACUCGCGCCGAGACGGGGGAGCGGCGCCUGGUGUUGCGCGGGUUCUCGGAGGUGAAGGCGCCCAAGACGGCGUACGUGUUCACUGGUCAGGGAAGCGUGGAGGUGAACAUGGGCAUGGAUCUGUACGCGAGUUCGGCCACGGCGCGCGAGAUUUGGGACCGCGCGGACGGCUACUUCUUGAACCAGUACGGGUUUUCGAUUUUGAACAUAGUCAGGAACAACCCGAAGCAAAUAACGGUUCACUUUGGCGGCAAGUUGGGGGAGAAGAUCCGAAGCAAUUAUCGGUGUUUGGUACAAGAAACUGAAUCGUGCGAGGGCGGCGAGCCGUCGGCGACGCGCCGUCCCCUUUUCCCGGGAAUCAAGGAGGACACGAAGCAAUACACCUUCCAACACCCGGACGGGCUGUUGUUCGCCACGCAGUUUUCGCAGCCCGCGCUCGUGCUGACCGAGUUGGCCGCCUUUUUGAAUCUCAGAGACAGGGCGUUGGUUCCGUCCGACUGCACCUUCGCGGGGCACUCGCUCGGCGAGUACUCGGCGCUGGCAUCGAUCGCGUCGAUUUUGGACGUCGAGCCCUUGGUGUCGGUGGUCUUUUUGAGGGGCGUGACGAUGCAAACUGCCGUUCCUCGAGACGAGUGCGGCCGCUCGUCGUACGCGAUGGUCGCCGUCAACCCGAGUCGGGUCCACCCUUUCUUGUUCCGACAGGCGCAGCUGGACCAGGUGAUUGGCGCCAUCGUCGCGCAGAGGGACGAGCUGCUGCAGGUGGUCAACUACAACAUCGAGAACUACCAGUACGUCGUAGCGGGAGAGCGCGGCAACCUCUAUGUGUUGGGCCAGGUCUUGAACGCGCUGCACAAGCAGUACAACAAGUACAUUUCCGACUUGGAGGCGCUGGUGUCGGGGUUGGUGCUGCAGAUGUCGCGCCUCUGCGGCGGGAAGACUUCCCAGAUAGUGCUGGAGCGUGGAUUCGCGACGAUACCUCUUCCUGGGAUUGACGUUCCGUUCCACUCGAGCUUUUUGAAGCACGGCGUCCCGGCGUUCCGCAACAUUUUGCAGAAGCGGAUCAACCCGUCGCAGCUGAACCCGGACUUGUUGGUGGGCCGCUACGUUCCGAACGUGACGGCGAAGCCGUUCUCUCUGGAGCGCGAGUACAUUGAGGAGACGAACGAGUUGAUACGCAGCCCGGUGCUGGACGAGUUGUUGAGGGACUACGAGAGAGAGAGGUCCAAUUUGCAGGCGAUGGCGUUCAAGUUUUUGGUCGAGUUGCUGGCGUACCAGUUUACGUCGCCCGUGCAGUGGAUCGAGACGCAGCAUUACGUGUUCAAGGUGUUCAACGCGGAGCGGUUCAUCGAGAUCGGGCCGGCGCCCACGCUGUUCACGAUGGCGAAGCGGACGCUCGAGAUCGUGCAGUACUCGCCGCUCGUCCGGCGCCAGAUCAUGUGGUUGUUCAAGGACUGGAACGAGAUUACCUACCAGUUCGAGGACGCGGCCGCGAGGGAUGAGAGCGAGUCGGUGGAGGGGGGGGGCGAGGCGGCGCCGGUGAAGCCGCGAGCGCAGAGCGAGAGAGCCGCUUCGGCGAGCAGGAGGGAGGAGGUGGCGGAGUCGAGUCGGGCGGGCGAGCCGUCGCCGCAGGGCGCGCCGUCGGCGUUGUCGCCGUUGACGUUCAUUCGGGCGUUGUUGUCGCUGAGGUUGAAGAGGCGGUUCGAGGAGAUAGAGCCGAGCAAGACGAUUGCUUCGUUCGUCGGCGGCAAGUCUAGUCUCCAGAACGAGCUGGUGGGCGACCUUGAGAGCGAGUUCGGCGCGAAGCUUCCGAGCGCGGCGAACGAGUUGUCGAUCGAGGCGCUGUCGAGCGAGAUAGCGAGGGGCAUGCCGUCGGGCUACCGGCUCGGAAGGGUGUCGAGUCAGCUGAUACAGAAGUUGGUUGGACACAAGAUGCCGGCUGGGUUCGCGCAGAGCCACAUGAAGCGGCACUUGGGCCAGCAGUUCGGGUUGUCGGACGAUUUGGUGCAGGGGGCGCUUUUGUACGCUCUGACGAUGGAGCCGCCCGCUCGCCUGGCGGACGAGCAGGCAGCGAGAGAGUACCUGGAGCAGGUGUUCCGGAGGUACGCGGAGUGCCACGGGGUGCCCGUGGUGGCGGUUGCGGCGGCGUCGGAGGGCGUGGCGGCGGUGGGGGCGGCGAGCGCGGCGAGCGCGGCGAGCGCGCCCGCGUCGGUUCCGGACCCGCCGCUGGACACGCUGUUCUGCUUGAGGGUGCUGCUUUCGCUGAAGUUGCGGCAGCCGCUGGAGAAGGUGGCGGCGUCGUCGUCGAUCAGCCAGCUGGUCGGGAGGAAGUCGGCGCUUCAGAACGAGAUUUUGAGGGACGUUCAAAAGGAGUUCGAGAGUCAGUCUCAGGACGACUCGGGGGACCGGGUGACGGAGGAGGCGCUGUCGGAGGUGGCGUCGAAGUACGCUCGGUCGUACCGCGAGCUCGGGGGGUACUUGCAGCCGGCGGUGGCGAAGUUGGCGUCGAGCAAGUUGCCGGGGGACUUUGGGCUGUCGAAGUUGAAGAGGGUGCUCGAGGACCGCUUCGGGUUGGGUCCGAACUUGCAGUCGAUGGUUUUGGUGUACGCGCUGACGCAGGAGCCGGCCGGCCGUCUGGCGAGCGAGGGCGCGGUGGAGGAGUGGCUGUCGAGGGUGGUUGGCGAAUACGCGCAGAAGCACUGCCCGGCGCUGGCGGUGGCGCUGGCUCGCGCGCAGCUGGAGGCGUACCACGAGUACUUCGGACACGAUCUGAUGGCGAUGGAGCGCAUGAGUCAGCUGCAGGCGCAGCUGAAGGCGCAGCUGGACGAGGAGCUGGCGCAGUGGAGGUACGAGCACGGCGACUCGGAGGAGUACUUCGAGGGGAUUCGGCCGGUGUUCGACACGAAAAAGGAGCGGCGGUACAACUCGACGUGGAAUUGGAAUCGGCAGGACUGCCUGCAGCUGUACUACGACUACGCGUGCGGGCGCACGACGAAGUGGACGGUGGACAUCCGGGAGCGCUUGUACCACAUCAAGAAUCGGGCGGUGCCGACGGUGGUGGACAUGGUGGAGCAUUACUCGGAGAAGGUGGUGAAGGACGGACACGCGGAGAUCCAGGGGUUCAUGAGGAUUUUGGCGGACACGCUGCGAAGGGUGAUGCAGGAGGACGCGAAGUACCGAGAGCUGCGGCCCGUGACGAGGCCCAAGGUGGAGAUCGACCAGAAGGGGAGGAUUCGGUACAGCGAGGUGGAGAGGGAGGGCGUGUGCGACAUGGUUCAGUACGUGGCGGAGAUGGAGAGGGGUCCGCAGCAGGGCGUGGUGUGCGAGGCGGCGAAGAGGCUGAGUCGGUGCGAGUCGCCGCUGCUGGUGUCGGAGACGAACGGGUUGAGGGCGAUGUUGUCGCAGAGCGAGGACAGCGCGCCGUCGUCGGAGGCGAGCCGGGUUCGCGCGGGCGAGCAGGUGGAUGGGACGAGCGAGUUGUGCGGGUCGUUGUGCGGGGAGAAGGAGGGGCGCGGGGAGUCACAGCACGCGCUGGACUGCCACUGCGCGGGGUGUCUGUCGUUGCUGCCGUCGUGCCUGCCGUACCUGUUCAUACGCACGCCUCACAGCUACGAGCCGAAUCGUCGUGUGUACUCGCCGGCGAUGACUCGGGCGUACUACUCGGUGCUGAGGUCGAUGGCCGGGGGCGGCCUGUCGCUGGCGAACAAGGUGGCGCUGGUGGUUGGGUGCGGGCGCGGGUCGAUUGGGAUGGAGUUGGUGAAGGCGCUGCUUCGCGCCGGAGCGCGCGUGUACGCGACGACGAGCGUGUUCCGAGUGAGUUCGGUUUCGUCGUACCACAGCUUGUACGACCAGAACGGGGGGAAGCACAGCGAGCUGGUGAUCUUGCCGUUCAACCAGGCGUCGGUGCGAGACAUUGGGGCGUUGGUGAGCUACCUGUACGACAGGGAGAAGGUGGACCUGGACUACGUGAUCCCGUUCGCCGCGCUGUCGGAGGCGGGGCGAGACAUCGGGUCGAUCGACGGGAAGUCGGAGUUGGCGCACCGGAUCAUGAUGACGAACGUGUUGCGGCUGAUUGGGGCGAUCAAGGACAAAAAGCGGCAGCUGAGCAGCUUCAAGAGUCCCGCGCACGUGUUGCUGCCGCUGUCGCCGAACCACGGGGAGUUCGGGUGCGACGGGCUGUACGCGGAGAGCAAGCUGGGUUUGGAGGCGCUGCUGAACAAGUGGCACGCGGAGGGGUGGGAGAACUACCUGUCGAUAGUGGGAGCGGUGAUUGGGUGGACGCGGGGAACGAGGCUGAUGAGUCAGAACAACAUCGUGUCGCCGAGCAUCGAAUCGAUGGGAGCGAGGACGUUCACGACUCGGGAGAUGUGCUUCAACCUGAUGGGCCUGCUCCACCCGGACAUGGUUUUGUUGGCGCAAGAGAGGCCGAUUUUGGCGGACUUGAACGGGUGUCUGCACCUGGUUCCGAAUCUGAACGGGGUUCUGAAGAGGAACCGGAAGAGGUUGUUGGAGCGGAGGGAGAUAGAGAAGGCGCUUCCUGAGGGCGCGAACGCUCGGUUCGCGCGAAUUCGCGAGCGCCUGCGCGGGAUGUUGGACCUAGAGCAGGUGGUGGUGGUGGUGGGGUUCGGCGAGAUCGGGCCGUACGGCUCGGCGCGCACGCGGUGGGAGAUAGAGAUCGCGAACAAGUUCAGUCUAGAGGGGUGUUUGGAGCUGGCGUGGAUGAUGGGGAUGAUUCGGUACGAGCCGGACCCUCGCUCGGCCGGGGGCGCGUGGGUGGACGCGAAGACGGGCGAGAGGUUCCACGACUACGAGGUCAAGGCGAGGUACGAGUCGAGGAUUUUGGAACACACGGGGAUUCGGCUGAUCGAGCCCGAGCUGUUCGACCACUACGACCCGCAGCAGAAGACGUUUUUGCACCAGGUGGCGCUGAGUCACCAGAUGGCACCGAUCGAGGUGAGCCGCGAGGAGGCGCAGGCGUUCAAGCGCAAGCACGGCGACGCGGUGGACAUCUACGAGCGCAAGGAGGACCAUGUUUGGUUCAUGCAGUUGAGGAAGGGCAGCACGCUGUACAUUCCGAAGUCGGUACAAUUCGACCGUUUCGUGGCGGGCCAGGUGCCGUCGACUUGGGACCCGGUGACGUUGGGCGUGCCGCACGACCUGGUGCAGCAGGUGGACCGGGUGACGUUGUACACGCUGUACGCGGUGGUGGACGCGUUUCUGUCGGCGGGCAUCACCGACCCGUACGAGUUGUACCACUACGUGCACGUCUCGCAGGUCGGCAACAGUUUGGGCGGCGGGUUUGGCGGGAUGCAGUCGAUUCGCGACACCUACCGGUCUCGCAUGUUGGAGCUGCCGGUGCAGGGCGACGUGCUGCAGGAGACGUUCAUCAACACGGUUGCUGCUUGGAUCAACAUGUUGUACCUGAGUUCCUCCGGUCCCGUCGAGACGCCGGUGGGCGCGUGCGCGACGGCGGUGGAGAGCUUGGACAUUGGGUACGACAUGGUGCGGUCGGGGAAGGCGAGGGUGUUUUUGGUCGGCGGCUACGACGACUUUGGCGAGGAGGGGUCGUACGAGUUUGCGAACAUGAAGGCGACUGCGAACAGCGAGGCCGAGGUGUCUAUGGGCCGAACGCCGAAGGAGAUGUCUCGUCCCGCGACGAGCAGUCGAGCUGGCUUCGUCGAGUCGCACGGUGCCGGCGUGCAGCUGAUCAUGACGGCGUCGCUCGCCGUCGAAAUGGGCCUGCCCAUCUACGCGAUCAUCGAGCACGUCGCGACGGCGACUGACAAGAUAGGGCGCAGCGUCCCGGCGCCGGGGCAGGGAAUUCUGACGACGUGCAGGGAGCGCAGCCUCGGCGCGGACCUGCCGGUGCUCGAUUUGGGUUUCAGAAGGCGGUACUUGGCGGACGAGUUGGAGAGGAUCGACGGCGCCGAGGCGCCUCAGGAGGUUGCCGGCGCGCAGUUGAGCGGUGCGGCUCGAGAUUGGUUGAGAGUCGAGCGCGAGCGUCGCCGUCGCUUUGCGUUCGAGUGCUGGUCGCAUCGGUUUUACAUGGGCAACCCGUACAUUGCGCCGCUGCGGGGCGCGCUGGCCGUCUACGGCCUGACGGUGGACGACAUUGCCGUUUCCUCGUUCCACGGGACCGGCACGCGCGGGAACGACUUGAAUGAGUCGGAGGUGCUGCAGAAGCAGCUGGAGCACCUGGGCCGCGCGAAGGGAAACGUGAUGCUUAGCAUUUUCCAGAAGUACCUCACUGGCCACCCGAAGGGUGCGGCGGCGGCGUGGAUGCUCAACGGCCUGAUUCAGUCCUUGCUCAGCGGGAUCGUGCCCGGCAAUCGAAACGCCGACAACAUCGACCCCCAAUUUUCGAAGUUUGACCACAUUGUGUAUUUGAACCGCUCGCUGCACACAUACGGGUACGAAGCCGGGCUGCUGAAGAGCUUCGGAUUCGGCCAGGUCGGGGGCGAGGUCCUGGUGGUUCACCCCGACUACGCGCUGAGCCAGCUGUCGGACGACGAGCUGUGCGCCUACAGCGAGAAGCGCCUGCAGCGCCAGGACGCGUCCUACCGACAUUGGCAGGACUCGCUGACAAAGAAGAGGAGCCUGAUCCAGCUGAAGGAGAACCCCCCCUACAUCCAGGAGAACGAGAGCAAAGUGUACCUCGAUCCCUUGGUUCGAACGGAGUGGGACAGCAAGAGCAAGAGCUGGAUUUAUGCGAACGAACGCUCGUCGGACGCGGUACAACAAAAGAGCGCCGACUCGGCGGACACUUGCUACACUUCCUCGUGCGUCCAGCCGCGUCCGGCUCGCAGUCGCUCAUCUUUCCCGGCCUGCUUCCGAGCCGAGGCGCAGGGCGCCAGACACGCUCGAACCGCCUCGUUCGGCGAGUGUCCGUCGAGCUUGGCGCCGUUGAAGUCGAGUCCCGGGAUGAGGCACUCCUAUUCCGACUUGCACCUGAACCAGAUCGAGAAUUCCAUGCACGAGAUGGGGGAGGAGCUCAGGAGCUCCGCGGACCGAGGCAUCGGGGUCGACGCUCAGCUGAUUUCGGAGAUCGAAGUCUGCAUUGAAAAUUCAGACUUCGUGACGAGAAACUUCACGCCCGCGGAAAUCAGCUACUGCCGCGCCGCCCACGACCCCUCCAGCGCCUUCGCGGGGAGGUGGGCCGCCAAGGAAGCCGUCAUCAAGGCGAUCUCCUCUUGCGACUCAGAAAACGCGGGCGCCAGGAACAUGUGGCAGGGAGCCGGCGCGCCCGUCAGGGACAUCGAAAUCGUUCCGAGCGGAUCGGGCGCGCCUCGAGUCCAGCUCCACGGCUACGCGGAGCGUGUGGCGUCUGCGCUGUCGAUCACGAAGAUCAAGGUGUCGAUCAGCCACUCGGGAGAGUAUGCGAUCGCCCACGCCACCGCCAGGUGA